AAGUGUUUCCCUUCUCUAACAUUCAUCAUGUUGUCUGUGGCACUGAGGCUGUUCAUCUUCUGCCUGUUUCAUCCGUGUAUUCAAGGUCCUCAGGUGCCAGUGAACACUGAGGUUCUUGCUCAAAUGAUCCAGUAUUUUGAUGAGAAGUUACAGCCAGGCGGGAAUAAUCAGUAUUCUGUACUAAUCAGGGUCCCAUAUCAACAUUGCACAGAUAGAUUUAGUCUUGAUUCAGUCUUCAACACAAAUGAAAUAAAAACAGCCUUCAAUUAUUUCAAGACCAACAGAGGAAGAAGGUUAUAUGAAGUCACCAAAGACUCAGUCAGUCUCACUGCCACAAAGCCGAGUUUGGAUCCUACCAGUUCUUCUGAAGAAGAUGACCAUGCUGAGUAUAUUCUUAUCUAUUCUAGAGAUGAUGCAAAUACUCCAUCUCCUCUGCAGAAAAUUUUGGACAUGAUAAAUGAUGAUCAGUGUGUUGUUUUGUAUACUUACAACUCACCUUGCAUAACAAAAUGCAUUAACGAUGAAGAUGACAGUAUUUUACAUGGCCUUUCAAACUGGAAAAACACACAGACAACUGGGAUAAAAGCUUUCGUUUUCCAAAAGAUCUGGCCCAAGGACUCGACUGGUUUGGCAGAGGAUCAGAAAGAGCAGUUUACAAAGAUUAAUGAUCUAGUGCCUCUAUAUCGAUGUGUAAAGAAUAAUAAUCAAAUGCAAUGUUAUAAGUGCGGAACUGCUGGCAGUCUAAUGUUGCUUCCAGACUGCGUGUCGUAAGCAUUUUAUGUCAAUAAUCAUAUUGUUGUAUGUUAAUGAAUGAUUUUCAUAUCACUGUAUGUCUUGCACCUAAAUAAAACUUAUUUUGACCAUGUAAUGGCAGCGCGUGUUAUAUUUAUAUGAAACUCACCAAAUUGAGAAACUAACGGAAUGCAUAGUCGAUAUAAAAAACUGGAUGACGAGUAAUUUUUUACUGCUAAAUUCUGAAAAAACAGGUGUUAAUUAUCGGACCUAAAAACCCCACAUGUAAUAACCUAGAACAUUAUCUAACACUUGACGGCUGCUCUGUCAAUUCUUCUUCAUCAGUCAGGAACCUAGGUGUGCUGUUCGAUAGCAAUCUGUCAUUUGAAAGCCAUGUUUCUAGCAUCUGUAAAACUGCGUUUUUUCAUCUCAAAAACAUAUCUAAAUUGUGACCUAUGCUCUCAACGUCAAAUGCAGAAAUGUUAGCUCAU